AUGAACCAACACUUGGUUGCAAGAUCUUUUGAGGAACUCCUCACAGUACAUGGUCUCUCCAAUUAUGUUGAUUUUCCCACUCAUACUUCUGGCUCAUCUCUAGAUCCUGUCGUUAGCGAUCUACCAGACAGUGUCGUCACCUGCACUCCACUCAGUGCUGUGGGAUCAUCAGAUCAUGUGGCUGUCCUGAGCGUAAUCCAGGUUGCACCUCAGAGGGAUGAUGCUGUGACACGCACCAACUGGUUGUGGGGAAAAGCAGACUGGAAAGGUCUCUGCAACACCUUACAACAAACGCCCUGGAGCAGCAUCCUCGUAGGAGACAUCAAUAAUCAAGAGCGCUACAAGCACGCUUGUGCAGCCAUGCGACAAGUACAACAGUGGGCUCAACGACGCUGGCAAGAAGACCUUAAGACCAAACUCAGCGGUCGUUCAGUGGGUAGUAAGACCUGGUGGACCACACUUAAGCAGCAGCAAGGCCUGACAUCAGAUGAUGAUGUUCCACCACUACACAAGUCCGAUGGUACAGUGGCCACCAAAAAUAAGGACAAAGCUGAAGUACUUGCAUCUUUUUUCUCCAACAAGAUGUCAGUACCUGAUCCUGAGCGCCCUCCUCCAUUUGUGCCAGCCCUCACAAAUGCGAAACUUUCCACCAUUACCAUCACUAUUGAGGAAGUACGGCAACCACUGCAUCACCACUGGAGUGUGGCCCACCCUCUGGAAGGGUGCCAGAGUGGUGGCAAUACACAAAAGGGCAAGAGGACUGAUCCCAAGAACUAUAGACCUAUCUCCCUUCUCUCAGUUCCUGGUAAAAUACUUGAAGCCAUUAUAGCAAACAAAAUAUCUUGCUUUCUCGGCUCACAUCAUCUACUUAAUACCAAACAAUUUGGUUUCAGAAAUAACAGGUCAGCAGCAGACCUGUUACUUCAAUUAUCCACCACCUGGCAUAAGUCCCUAGACCAGGGAAAAGACACCUUUAUCAUUGCUCUCGACAUUGCGGGAGCAUUCGACAGGGUGUGGCAUCACGGCCUAAUCACCAAACUGAACAGCUUGGGUAUCCACGGGCAUCUGCUCCUCUUGCUGCAAGACUACCUGCGAGGCAGAUACCUCAGAGUGGUGAUGAAUGGACAAACAUCAGACCAACAUCCUAUCUCUGCCAGCGUCCCACAGGGUAGUGUUCUCGGCCCUCUCCUCUGGAAUGCAUUUUUUAAUGACCUGCUCCAGCUCAUUCCAGAGGCACAUGCAUACGCCGAUGACUGUACCCUGACAUUCCCUUGCGACAGCGGUGAUCACUGUGCGACUGUCGCACACAUCAACCAGGUACUGCAAACCAUAGUUUCAUGGGGGCAUCGAUGGCAAGUGGAACUUGCUCCUGACAAGACACAGGUGAUGCUGGUUUCCCGACGACACUCCCCCCCUGACACACCCACCAUCUUACUUGAUGGAAGGGCGUUACCCCUGCAGGCUUCCAUCUCCAUACUUGGUGUGGAAAUGAACAGUGCCCUGACCUUCACUGGACACGUCAGGACUAUAGCCAAGAAAGCCGCAUGGAAACUUAGCUGCAUCCGGCGCGUCUCACAUCUCCUCGACUCCCAGGGAAUCUCCACCCUAUAUGCAGCUCAAGUCCGCCCCUUAUGGAGUAUGCCCUCUCACCUGGUUGUCCUGCCCCCCCUCAUACUUAAGCCUUCUAGACAAGAUCCAGCAUCGAGCACAACGCCUGAUACGUCUAAAGGCCCCGCCAGACCAGCCGUCCCCUACCAUGCAGCCUCUUCAGCAGCGUCGUGA